CGUUAGUUUUCAGGAAACACAACUGUGUUACACAAAUUAAAACACAAAACAUAUUUUUACCUUUUUUGGAUGUACAUACAAAAUUUUCCACAUUUUUCUUUUUGCAACAACAUGUCUCUACUGCGCGAUUGUUCCAAAUUGUUUUGUUUUAUCAAGCCGAUGCGUUCUAUAAUGGGAGUACGUCACUACGUUCGCUCAGUUAAUAUGUGUGCCAUCUUUGACGUAGACACAGCCCAAGAUUUUGAAAUGCGUGUGAAGCGCAGCGAGAAGCCCGUUAUUGUGGACUUCCAUGCCGGGUGGUGCGCGCCCUGCAAACUGCUAGCCCCACGGCUCGAAAAUAUUGUGGGAGAGAAGGGCGGCGAGAUCUGUUUGGCCAAAGUGGAUAUCGAUGAGCACAGCGAACUGGCCUUGUACUACAAAGUAGGUGCGGUUCCAUCCCUGCUGGUCAUGCAAAAUGGAAAGGUGCUUAACCGCAUGGAGGGUCUGCAGACUACAGAUGCCAUCCGCGAUUGGAUUAACCAAGCUGUGAAGAGUCGGAAGAAGAUAAGGCGCGUGGAGGAAGACGACGAUGAGGACACUGAGUACUCGUAGAUUGGCUGACAUUUCUACCACAUUUGACUAUGAAAAUCAUGUUGGAAAAAUAUCAAUGGGUUGAAAAUACACUAGAAAACGCGUAUAUUUAUCAUUAAA